GAGUCCGGGCGGGCGGGUGGGCUGGCUUUAAGGGGCGAGUUAGUUUAGCGCUGCCGCCGUCGCCGCUGCUUGAGGUGGGAGAAGGAGGAGAGAGGGAGAGAAGAAGGGGGCGGUUUCCGUGAGGCGCCCGUGGUCGCCGCCAUCAUCGCCGUCUUCGUCAUGGCCCACAAACAGAUCUACUAUUCGGACAAGUACUUCGACGAGAACUACGAGUACCGGUGAGGGAGGCCGGGGGGGGGGGUGUCCCGGGGCGGCGGGCCUCUUCCUGCCCCUUCGCCUGACGAGGCUGCCGCUGGGCCCGCCGCUCUUUCAUGGCGUCCCUCGCCGCCCUCCGCUUUCCCUCCUUUCUUCCCGCCCAGGCUCCCUUCCCAGUACCUCAGGAGAGGGGGAGGAAACAGAAAACGGCGGGCCUCUUUUUCUCCCUCCUCCUUUCCCGCCGGAGGGGGGGUGUGUGUGGAAACGGCCUCGGGACAAAGGACGGCGCGGGGCGAGGCCGGAGGAGGCCGUUGCGCCUGCCCGCUCUUCACACAGGCCCUUUGGGGAAGGGCUGGCGCCGCGGAGGGAAGCGCCUGUUGCGGCGUGCGCGUGAUUCGAACCCAGCUCCCUCCAUUUUAGCCCCGUGGUAACUUGCUGGGCCAAAAUCCGCCGCCGAUGAGCUUAGGGGGAGGGGGUUUGGGUCACGGUCUCUCGGGCCGACAUGGCCAUUUCAACAGGCUCGUUUCCGUAUGUUAGCUUUGGGCCUUUGCAACGUUGACUUUGCGUUUGGCUAACGGGCAGUCUUGCUAGUGGCAUAGCCUCCCAGCAUUUCUCUGACGAAAAUAGGGACGUUCCAUUCCAUAAUAAUAAUAAUUUUAUUAUUUAUACCCUGCCCAUCCGACCCGGUUGCCCACCACUCUUGGCGGUUUUCAACAGACUAUAUAACAAAAGAGAAUAUUAAGCAUUUUUUUUAAAAAAAACUUAACCUGUACAGGGCUGCCUUCUGAUAUCUUCUAAAGAUUGUCCAGUUCCUUGGCUCUGGGGUUGCUUCACUCCAUACCUGCCAACAUUUCUGCGAUGAAAAUAGGGACAUCCUAAGGAAAAGCAGGGCAUUCUGGGACAGCUUCUUAAAAUCUGGGAAUGUCCCUGGAAAAUAGGGGCACUUGCAAGUGCCUGCAGAUAACACCAUAAAAGUCACAUAAAAGAUAUUUAUUGCCCAGUAGUGGGAGAGCCAGACUUUUGUUUCUUGCAGCUUGCAAGAAGCAAAUGGAAGUUUACAAGCCGCCUGAUCCUGAGUUUUCUUGUUGCAUAGCAAGCUGUCGGGUUUCUCUAAAAGGAAUUAAAAAUCUAAAGUAGAUAUGAAAGAACACCUACAGCGCCGUUCCUUCAACUUAGGCUAUUAUGUACAAGUAAUCAAAAAUCACAGGCAGAGGUCCAGCCUGAAACUUAAAUGUUCAAGCAGUUCACAAAUGCUAUGGAGUCUGACAUAAAGCUUCUUUAUAAGUUGUACAGAACUAAUUGUGGCUGUAUAAAUGUGACUUGGUGUGUUUUCUGUCCCUGGCAGGCAUGUGAUGUUGCCAAGAGAGCUGUCAAAGCAAGUACCAAAAACUCAUCUAAUGACUGAAGAAGAAUGGAGAAGACUUGGUGUUCAGCAAAGCCUUGGCUGGGUCCACUACAUGAUUCAUGAACCAGGUAAAAAAGGACAUUUCUACCUAACAAGCUAUUCCAGAAAUACUUUUUGUAAAGCUUUUAGGAUGUCUUGACGUGGGAGAGGGACAAAGUCACUUCAUACAUUAAGUAGCAAGGGCUAGACAGAAAGUGUUUACUGAAAACCCUAUAUUAUCGGCCAUUAAGUGGGAUGUCUGGCCACAGACUUAUAAACAAACUUCCUUUUUUUCUCUUUACAGAACCACACAUCCUUCUAUUUAGAAGACCACUUCCAAAAGGCCAGCAGAAAUGAACAGCCUCUCUAAGCUUCUGGAACUUUAUGUAUAAAUGUAUAUAUGUUGGUAGUAUUCAGUGAAUACUUAAGAAAAAUAUACAAACAAGUCAUUACCUGUGCAUGAGCUGUAUUAUUCACAGCAACAGAGCUCAGUAAAAUGCAAAGUAGGCUGCUAUGGUCUUGAAUUCUCACUUAACAAGUUAACAAGUGCCUAUUUGAUUUUUUUUCAGUUUUGUUCAAUAAAGUUCACAACUUUCAUGUAAUGUGUUGAUUAUAAUAAUCUUCAAAGAUCUGUGCCUUUUUAUUCUUAGUAAUGAAGCUUCUUCCAACUGUUGAAGCAAUUCAUCCUGUGGCUUUUCAGCUGCUGAAAUAAACAUAUUUUUAAUGCUAAAUCUAUGCAUUUCAUGAUUUUAGUUUACUACUGUCCACAUUAUAAAAGCCAUAUAUUGGUACUCUAUAAAAUGCAAUACAAUUGAUGACAAUAAUAUAGAGGUUUGUUUGUAGUAUUUAUAUCACUUACCUAGAAUUUGUUUGCUAUAAUCAUUUUACAAGAGAAGGAAAAAACAGGCUUAAUGGCUCAGGUGAGUACGAAUAAGAAUGAUCUACUGCCCUCAUCCAGCUCUGUACAGGUCUGCUCAAGAGAAAGAUCCUGUGAUGAGCUGCCUGGUUCCCACCUCUCUCCAGUAGCAGCUGGUCAUGGCUUCUCUUCACUAGUGUGUCUUUUUAUUCAGAGCCAGGUUGGGAUAAUAGGAAAUAGGAAGCAAUUGUAAAGGAGGGGGGAUAGCAAUAGGUCCAAGUUCAUUAUUUGGUAGAUGCUUUUACCCAUGUGAAACUGCACUGAAUAGCAGAAUACACCCCCAGUUUCCUGCCCCAGAGAUUGAAGUUCAGGGGAUGGUUGCUGACUUGUCUAAAGGCAUUUGCCUAGCAUGUUUACUACUGCAGGGUCACAGCAAACAGAUUGUGGCUACCUACUUGGGGUGGUCAGAAGUCAUUCACUCCUGAAUAUGGCCGUAGUCGGUAGGUAAAGAUAAAUGUGGCUUAAUUUGACAGUAUUGAUUUGCAUUAUCAGCUCUCCAUGAAGUUUCUGUUCAGUCUCAAUGAAAUAUUAAAGUUCUUUGAAAGUGUUAGCCUUCAUAGCCUUUGAAAGUGUUAGCUCUUCAUAGACUGAGUUUUAUUGCCUCUUGUAACCUGGAGUCUAUUUUCAUAGGUCCCAGCAAAGGGAAUAUUUAAUGUGAUGCUAAAACAUGGCAGUUACCUGGAG